AUGGACAAGCUCUCUGGUCUCGCUUCCAAGUUCGGUGGUGACAACAUGGGGUCGGGCUCCAACUCCAACUCCAACUCUGACUACAACUCCAACUCUGACUACAACUCCAACUCUGACUACAACUCCAACUCUGACUACAACUCCAACUCUGACUACAACUCCAACUCUAAUAACUACAACUCUGCGUCCAACUCUGACUCCAACUCCAACUCUAACUACAACUCUGCUUCCAACUCUGACUACAACUCUAACUCUAACUACAACUCUGCUUCCAACUCUGACUACAACUCCAACUCUAACAACUACAACUCUGCUUCCAACUCUGACUACAACUCCAACCCUGACUACAACUCCAACUCUGACUACAACUCCGCUUCCAACUCUAACUCCAACUCUGCUUCCAACUCUGACUACAACUCCAACUCUGACUACAACUCCGCUUCCAACUCUAACUCUAACUCCAACUCUGCUGGCCAAGAAGACUACCUGGACAAGGGCCUGGAUGCUGUCGAGCAGAAGUACGGUGGCAAGACCCUUUCUCGCGAUACAAACGAAAAGAUCACCGAUGGAGUGAGAGAGCAAUUCGAAAAGAUUUCUGGGCAGCAUGUUCCUGAGAAUUUCUCUAACUAG